ACGUCACAUGUGCCAUUGACAUGAAUAAGUAGGCUUCGCGGACUCGCAGCUCGUGCAAUGUACGGCGCGCCGUCAUUAUGGGACAGAGAGCCGUGGUCGUCGAGCUGUGCUCCGUCAUCGCCAUCAUUCUGCUCAUGAGUGAAGGUGCUAUUGUAAGACGGGAUGCCUCGUGUCUCAACAUCGUGACCCGAGCAGAGUGGAGUGCCAAACCGGCCAAACAGCGAGACAACAUCACAUCACUGCCGGUUCCGUUCGUCAUUUUACACCACACGUACAUACCUAAAGACUGUAACUCGAGCGAGGAGUGCAAGGAGGCGAUGAGGAGCAUGCAACACAUGCACCAAGACCUGCGGGGCUGGUUCGAUAUAGGAUACAAUUUCUGUGUGGGUGAAACGGGGGAGGUGUACGAGGGCCGAGGAUGGGACAUUCAGGGCGCCCAUGCACCUCGAUACAACAAUCGAAGCACCGGCAUCUGUUUCAUCGGUGAUUUCAUGAACUCGCUGCCGACACCCGAAAUGAUGGAAGCAGCUAAAGAUCUGAUCAAAUGCGGGGUGAACCGAGGAUCCAUAGCAGAGGACUACAAACUUCUGGGACACCGUCAAGUUCGGAAUACACUGUGCCCUGGAGACACGUUCUACGAAAACAUCACCACAUGGCCUCAUUGGGACCCACUUCAGGACGUAGUGCCCGUCCCUAAGCAAUAACAUCUCAGUGCCUGUACCAUUUCGAAUUGUCUAAACAGCAGUGGCUCCACCACACUUUCUACAACUGACCCCCUCAUACCUAGUCAUGAUCCCUGACAGCAUUCAGAAACAAAGCCACAGACUCAAAAUACAAGGCGACAAUUAUCAUAGUUUCUCACGAGCAGGAGUCAGUAUGGCAUAUGUUCCUUUUGGAAGUGCAGGCCUACUUAUUCAGCUACAUUCGAGCCAGCCGUGCUUCAGACAGACCUAGGACUGAAACUGUAAAUCAGGGUAUUGAGAUACAAUUGCUGUCAGUGGUCUCGGUAUGUGAGAGGGGCGUCAUACACUGCAAAUCUCGGGUGGGUGAGACCCCUCGGUGAUAUACACGUAUGUAUCAAGGAGAAGAAUAUCAAUACAAUCGAAUGCCAUAGCUCCUCUUCAGGAUUUUUGGAUCUAUCCUUGAGAACUCUGACAGAAGAAGUUCAUACAAUCAUAUUUUGUUAAAAAGAACAACCUUUUGUCUUUCUUGGAUCUAAUUUUCUUCUAUUUCACGCCACUUUUGCCCAAACAACGUAUAAAACAAAAUUAAUAGUUCAACAAUAUUUCUUUCCAGUUUCUCUGCAACAGUUUCGUGUGUUUGAAGUUACCAAUAUUUAUGAUCGCCAUGACAACAGCAGAAUAUAUAAUCAGUAUUUAACUUAAUAUUAAUAUAUAUAUUGAUCACUUACAAAAGUCAGGUAGUAUUUUCAAAUGUGUGGCCAAGAUAACACAGAUCACCGUAAUGUUAAUGAAUUUAUUCGUUUGUAAAUAAGCUUGCUGCCUUUCCAGUCUUGCUUGAACGGAUAGCUCAUCUUUUUUAAUCAUCAAUAACUUUGCAUUUGCCCACAGCAUUAAUCAACUGAUCUUUGUAAUAGAGAAGUGUUUUUCUUUGAGGUACGGACUGAUUUAUUAAAUAUUAUUUAGAAGAGCUUCAGCUUGAAAGGUAUAAGAACUAUGGCGUUUCUUUGUUGGUGAAUAGAAAAUUCUAUUAGCAUUUUAGAAAAUUCUUUCAUCAAUUACAACUUUUUUAAGACCCGAAGUUUGUAUUCAGGCUCCAGAUGUUCAGUUCGUUGCUCUAUCCCAUCGAAAACGGGCAGAUUACUUAGGGGCAUCCCAAAGACAAAUAUAACAUGUAUUAAUAAAUAAUUAUUUCUAUUCUGAUAACACUGAAAGGAGAGAAACAAGCCUACUUCCAAACUGCUAGUUCCUACUAUUUUAGUCAGAAACUAAAUACCUCGCCCGGUACAACACCAGUGCUCCUUUCACAAUUUACGUAUAAUUUAAUUAUGGUUAAGUUCCUUACAUGAUAUUUUUAACAAACACGUGUUCAGAACAAGACGUAACAACAGCGUAACUGCCGAAAAUAUCACUGUAACGAUUCUCUGCAUAACAGUGAAUGAUACGCACAGCCAUCGCCCAAAAAUGGAAGAAUUAGCAUUUUAAAUAAAGCGAUACAUCCUUUACUUUCGGCGGAUCUAAAUAAGUUCGUAUAUUUAUAAAUGUAUUUUAAAUACUCUAAUAAACAUUUUCAUAAUCCCAUACGUUAAAAUAAAAUUUCAGCGAAUUCAAUGUUCCACUUGCACACAUCGAUCAGUUUUAGUGUUGAAAUGUUCAAUUAUGACGGCUGCAUUUAUUUACUGAAUGAUGGGAAAGUAAGGCCCAAGUUAUGGUUCAUGGAGCUGGGAUAUGAAAACCAAGUGCCUUGUGUUUGGUUUAUGAAUAAUGGCACAAGUUCUUUUCUGGUGAUUAGCCGACUCUUCGUGCAACUUAUUCGUAAUGAAGACAGAGACAAUAACACCAUAUCCAAAAUGUAGGUUAAUUCUGCACCGUUUCCCACAACAACUAAAACGUUCAAAGAAAUCGCAGCUACUUCCCGAUGAUCACUAUAUCCAUAAUUAACACAAGGUUAUACUAUCUUUAUGCAGAGAAAUUAAAUUGGAAGAGCUUUAUACGAAAUAUUUCCUUUAUGUAUAUCUCAAUCUGUCAUAAUUAAACCUUCAAGUCUUGCUUUAUUUGUAAUAACCUCACUGGGGAGUCUCCAAACUAGCCAAACGAAACGUUUUAUAGUGUACAAAAGUAAUGCAUCUUAAACAGUAAAAUUCAUUAGCUAUAGCUAACUUGUCAGCAGGAUGAAAAUGCACAUUUAACCACUAUGAUAUUAUGUUAGUAACUGUAUUUGUGAAAGUUAUGUAAAGACAACAUGUACUAUUACCAACAGUGGUAAGUUUUUAAAUAAAUGAGCCAGUCCAUUAAUAUUA